AUGGCUCAAUCCCGUGUUAUCGAGCUAGGAAAUGUCCUAGUUGUAGGCGGCUGCGGUUUUGUAGGCGCUCACGUUGUUGACCAGCUACUCAACUUCCCAUCCGAAGACUCACUACCCACCCACCCAGUUUCCAGAGUCAUUGAUGCGAGCGGGAAGCCUGACCCCCGAUUUGCGCACCCUCGUCUUCGCGACCGAUACCCGUCAUACAAGAACACUAAAGUGUCCGUUCUCGACCUCCGAACAACACAUAACCGAUUUCCUGGAGCGGACUAUUAUGAUGCAGAUAUUCUAAACACAGAGCAAUUGUUAAAAGUGUUUAGGAUAGUGAAACCAGAUGUUAUCAUUGAUACUGUCUCUCCACCGCCCCUGGAGGGGGAAAGGGAGAUGUUGUAUAAUGUCAAUGUCAAUGGUACAAAGAACUUGGUAGAGGUCGCAGGCGGCGCCAAAGGAGACUGGGGUGGAAAAUGCAAAGCUUUUGUCUAUACUAGCUCUUCAUCGGUGGUUCACGACACCCAGGGUGACUUGGUUAAUGUCGAUGAGAGAUGGCCCAAAAUCGUUGGCAAGCUCCAGCAAGAAUAUUACACUGAAACAAAGGCACUUGCGGAAGAUUUCGUCCUAAAGUAUAAUGGUACCUCCCCCUCCGGCAUGCUAACAGUUGCUAUCCGACCUGCCGGUAUUCACGGCGAGCGUGACACAACUCUUACGAAGAAGUUGGUUGAGCACGGCUCCAAGGCGUCGCCUCUCGUCCUAUCCUUCCAGCUCGGCGACAAUGAUAAUCUAUUUGAUUUUACUUAUGUCGGCAACAUUGCCUAUGCGCACAUGCUUGCUGCCGAGCUACUCCUUGCCACCAUGAAACGGAUUGAGACAAAAGCAGUGCUUCCCCUUGACCAUGAGCGUGUCGAUGGCGAAGCAUUCAACAUUACCAAUGACAGCCCGGUGUAUUUCUGGGACAUGGCCCGUUCCAUAUGGGCGUUGAUGGAUCGUUAUGUCGAACCUGAACAGGCUUGGGUCCUUCCAGAAGGAGCUCUUACCGUGAUAGGGGGCAUACUAGAAACGGUGUUUGGACUAUUUGGUAAAAAACCCCGACUUACACGACGGGAGGUUAGAUACUCUUGCAUGACGAGAUACUUUUCAUGUGAUAAGGCGAAGAGAAGGCUUGGAUACGUUCCUUAUGUCCCUCUCGAUGAGGGUGUUGCAAGAUCUGUUGGCUUUAUGCUGGAGCAAAACAAAAAUAUCGAGGCGAAGAAGCAGCUAUAG